AUGUCUAUCCAAGCCAUAGACAAGAGAAAGGUUGGUGAAACCACCCUUAUCCAAACCUCAGACAUUAGAUCCACAAUUCAGGUACCUAGAACCUUGAAAUGGUCUGAAGUCACUUUUCCUGCACAUUGGACUAUAGAUAAUGAGAACCAUCAUCUACAGAUCCAAAACCCAGUUAGGAACCCAGAUCUAGAUUUUGUCCAACAGCUAGCCGAUGGAACGGGUUCAACUUCAAAUUCUUCUGAAGUCAACGUGGAAUUGCCAACAACUAAUGUUGCUAUUCCAAUUCCGGAAAAUGCGGAAGUUCCAAUUCCGGAAAAUGCGAAUGUUCCAAUCUCUCAAACACAAUUUCAAAGAAUUGACCUUGAUUCUUUGGAUUAUGAUCCUGGAACACGCAAACAGAUAUGGGAAUAUCAUGUUAAUCAACGUGAUGAAAUUCGACGGGCUUACAUUAAAAAAGGUCCGCACCAACCUCCUCUAGAGACAUUCAAAAAAAGUGGAAAGCAGAAUCGUAGUUUUCAAGCUUCUUGGUAUAGAAAUAAUUCAAAAUGGCUUGAAUAUUCUCCUACAACAGAUGCAGCUUAUUGUCUACCCUGCUUUGUCUUUCAUAAUCCAAAUGUGGUUGUGGGACAAAAUACAUUUAUUGUUGGUGGAUUUAGAAAUUGGAAAAAGGUUGGGGGCAAAGAUUGUUCUUUUCAAGUUCAUAUAGGAAAAGAUCCUAACUCAGCUCAUAGAGUUGCUGAACAAAUGUGUAAGGAUUUGAUGAACCAAUCGCAGCAUUUGCAAAGAGUAGUUGAUCAUUUCACUACUGAACAAAUUGCAAAUAAUCGGUUGCAAUUGAAGGCCACAAUUUUUAUUGUGCGAUAUCUUGCCUUUCAAGCUAUAGCUUUUAGAGGUCGAGAUGAAAGUUUUAGUUCGUUAAAUCGUGGGAACUUUCAUGAAUCAUUGGGUAUUGUGACUUUUUGGAAUGAGAAGGUUGCUGAAAUAAUAGAAAAAGCUCCAAAAAAUGCAACCUACACAUCACCUAGGAUUCAAAAGGAAAUUCUACAUGUUUUCUCAGCCAAAGUGAAGAAGGCCAUUCGGGAAGAAAUUGGUGAUGCAAAGUUUUGUAUAAUGGUUGAUGAAGCUCGUGAUGAGUCCAUGAAAGAGCAAAUGGCUGUGGUGUUUAGAUAUGUUGAUGCAGAAGGCUUUGUGAAAGAACGCUUUUUUGGGCUUAUUCAUGUUGUUGACACUGCAGCUUUGACUCUAAAGAAGGGGAUAUAUUCUUUGUUAUCUCAAUAUUGCUUAGAUAUACAAAAUAUUCGAGGGCAAGGAUAUGAUGGAGCAAGCAACAUGCGAGGUAUGUGGAAUGGAUUACAAGCUUUGAUUUUGAAUGAUUGCCCAUAUGCUUACUAUAUCCAUUGUUUUGCACAUCGCUUACAAUUGGCAUUAGUAAAAGCAUCAAAACAAGUUGUUCCCAUUAGUCAUUUUUUUCUUACAUUGCUUUUUCUGAUCAAAAUUGUUAGUGCUUCAUGCAAGCGCAAUGAGCAAUUGAAAGUUGCCAAUGCUAAUGAAAUAGCACGUUUGAUUGAUCUUGAAGAGCUUGAGACUGGAAGUGGACUUAAUCAAAUUGGCACUUUACAACGACCUGGAGAAACACGUUGGAGUUCACAUUUUAGAUCAGUUUCUAGCUUAUUAAGGAUGUUUAGUUCAACUGUUGAAGUUUUACAAAAUAUAAUUGAUGGUGCAAUUGAUGGAGAAAAUCGGGCAGAAGGAGAGUCAGCUUAUGAAGGUUUAACUUCAUUUGAAUUUGUUUUCAUCUUGCAUCUUGAGAAGGAAACUAUGGAGAUCACUGAUAAACUUUGUCAAGCUUUGCAAAGCCAAUCUCAAGACAUUUUAAAUGCUAUGCAUUUAGUUUCAUCUACUAAAACACUUAUCCAAAAAUUUAGAGAUGAUGGAUGGGAUGGCUUACUCACCACUGUGAUAUCAUUUUGUGAGAAGCAUCGCAUUGAUGUCCUGGAUAUGAAUGCUCGUUAUGUUGCGAGGCGAGGUCGAGCUCGUAAUCAACCAGAUAACGUUACAAAUGAGCAUCAUUAUCGAAAUUUCUAUCCACAAGAUUUCACAGAUUAUGACAAACAAGUGUUGGAGAAGGAGCUUUAUCAUUUUGAGCAUAAUGUAGUCCAAGAUCCAGAGUUCAAAAAAUUGAAAAGUUUAUCUGAGUUAUCUCAAUGGUUAGUGAGAACUGGAAAUUCAGAACACUACAAACUUGUUUAUAGAAUGGUGAUACUUGUGCUUACUCUUCCAGUUUCUACUGCUACUACAGAGCGAGCAUUUUCAGCUAUGAAACUUGUCAAAACUGAACUUCGAAACAAAAUGGAAGAUGACUUUUUGAAUGACUCUUUGAUGUUAUACAUUGAAAAGGAUAUAGCUUUGACAUUUAGUUUGGAUUCAAUAGUAGAUGAUUUUGAAGAUUUGAAAGAGCGUCGAGUUCCCUUUUCAUAG